CGGCCAGAAGCCAGCGCCGGCGGCGUCGGCCGCGCGGAUCCACAGCCAUGGGUCGCAUCAGCUGGCUGACGCUGCUGACGCUGAUGAUCAGCUUGAGCUUCACCUCAUCUGGGCCCGUCGCUGGCGUCGCUCGGUUCCGCUCACGACCGCCGCCGACCUGUGACGACUACUGUCCACGUCAGAGGUGCACGGUCAGUACGAACGGCCGAAUCCGCUGCCUCGGCGUCCCUCCCCGCCUCGACGACGACGAUCGUGGACCAUGCCGGUGCCGUACCAGAAGUGGUAAGCGCUGCAAGCGCUCCAAGUCCAAGCGCAAGUCGAAGUCCAAGUCGAAGUGCCGCUGCACAGGAGACUGCGGCUUCCGCGGCCGGGAGCGAGUUCGGACUGUGUUUGUCACUAACCCUGCCCCAGCCGUGCCCGUGCCCGUGCCCGUGCCCGUGCCUGUGCCCGUAAAGAAACACUACCGCUGCAAGUACAAGGGCAGGUGCUGA